AUGGUUGAAGCAACCAACAAUGUGGACGCUGGGACCUCCGAUGCACCAAGCGUUCACGACGGUCACCACCUCACGGCGCUGGCACGCGCGCUCGAGCCAACGCGCAAGUUGGACGAUACGCCAAAGGAAGUAUACGACGACCGCAUCGAAAGUCUCAGGGCAGUGGGCAAGCAGUUCGACGAGUGCUUGACGAAGGGUACGCGCUCGGAGCGUGUGAAAAAGGUCGAAGACAUCUACCUGUACAUGUACGAGCAAGAAGGCGAAAAGGGCUUUAGCGAACGCAAGGAGUCUCUGCGCAAAACGCCGCUCUACCUCCUUCUCCACGCUGACCGGUACGACCCGCCCAAGACGCAACCGAGCGGCGCCGAAGUGAACCAGGCAACGGACGUUGCACUCGGCAAGUUUGAGAUGAACGACAUCAAGACCCGCAAGAAGAAGCUCCUCGACCACCCGGUGAUGCGCGUCGUCAUCACACUCAAGUGGCGGGCGUUUGGCUUGCGCAUGUACUGCGAACAACGCCUCAUGUUUUGGCUCCUCCUCGUCACGAUGACCACGUCGGUCUCGAUCGGCCUUGGCGUCCUGCCCGAGCCGACGUACGACGACCUUUUCAUUGGCUGGCUCACGGCCUGCUCGCUCCUCCUCAUUGGGGUCGUUGCAACGCGCUUCUUGACAUGGAAGAACAAGAAGCCGUGGGCGUGCACGUUGGCAGUCGUCCUCGCUGGUGUCGGCGGUGGCCUCCAGUAUGUGUACGAGCCACUUCAAGAGCGAUUGAGCUGGACGUCGUUUGGACGCCUCAACAACAUCUUGCUCAGUCUCUGCGCCAUCUACUUUUGCGUCUUUGAGAUCCGCGAGCUCGCGGCCGACAUUGACGAUCCCGACUCGGUCAAGGCGACCAAACGCCGCUCGAAUGGCCAGACCAGUAUCUCGUCCAACCAGUCCGCCACAGGUACCCAUGGGUCCAAUACCUCGCUCAACCCGUCGACCGGAAGCACCCGUGGGCGCGAGCUCGAAGAAAAUCACACUUCGUCGUGCAUGGAAGCGCUCGAGAGUUCUUGGACGUGGGCAUUGGAGCACUCAAGAGUCCUUGGACGUAUGCUCCACCACUACUGCAUCCACGCCCCGAUCCAUGGCAUCAAAUGCGCGAUCGACUUGCUCCGCGGCAAGAGCACGUCGCCGUACCUCGAGUCGUACUGGAACCGCAUCCAGUUCCCGACCUUCUUUGCCGUCUUCGUCUGCGCCGUCUGUGAGUUGACAGUGCCGCUCACUGACGACAUGCGGACGUUUGCAAGUAUCCCCGCGCUCUUCUUGCUCUGGGUCAUGUGCGUCCAGAACCUCGAGGUCUUUAGCAACAUCUCGUACCUCCUCCCGAUGAUGCGGCGCAUGCUCACGGACGUGUGCGGCUACACGUGUGCGUACUACCUCCUCUUCAAGAGCCAAGGCAACGACCCCGUCUUUGCGCCGUACGCGACCGUGCCGCAGUGCUUUGUGACCACGUACCUCGUCACGUUUGCGCAGAUCAAUCUCGAGCCGUUCAAGGCGCUCACGUCGCCCGUCCAGUACAUCCUCGGCUACCUUCUGCUGCUGACGCACGCAACCAUCUCGAUCGUCAUGCUGCUCAACGUGCUCAUUGCGAUGAUGAACAAGACGAUGGGCAACUACUUGGAAGAGGCCAAGCACGAGGCCCGCGUGACCUUUGCCGAGUGCGUGCUCCGAAUGGAGAAGACCAAGACGUUUGGGACGACAAAAGACGACUUGAAGGCGGUCAUUAUCAAGGGCGACGUACCAACUGACACGGUCAACGAGAAGAUUGAAACGCUCCUCGAACGCAUGUGUCGCUUCCGCAACGCGGGCCAUGUCACCGGCAGCAACCUCGAAUUCCUCCACGCCCGCGUCGGCGACGUCUUCAAUCAGGCGCGAUACGUUGAUUUCUUCGAUGUGGUUUAA